UCUCUGGCGCAGCGCUAGCUCCGCCGCGCUCAGCUGCCCUGCGCCGGCACCCCUGGGCAUGAGCGCCCCCUCGACGCUGUCCCCCGGGGGCGAGGAAGGGCCGGGGACGGCCUGGCCCUCCGCAGCCAAUGCCAGCAGCGCUCCAGCGGAGGCUGAGGAGGCUGUGGCCGGGCGCGGGGACGCAGGGGCGGCGGGCAUGGUCGCCAUCCAGUGCGUCUACGCGCUGGUGUGCCUGGUGGGGCUGGUGGGCAACGCCCUGGUCAUCUUCGUGAUCCUUCGCUACGCCAAGAUGAAGACGGCUACCAACAUCUACCUGCUCAACCUGGCCGUAGCCGACGAGCUCUUCAUGCUGAGCGUGCCCUUUGUGGCCUCGUCGGCCGCCCUGCGCCACUGGCCCUUCGGCUCCGUGCUGUGCCGCGCGGUGCUCAGCGUUGACGGCCUCAACAUGUUCACCAGCGUCUUCUGUCUCACCGUGCUCAGCGUGGACCGCUACGUGGCCGUGGUGCACCCUCUGCGCGCGGCGACCUACCGGCGGCCCAGCGUGGCCAAGCUUAUCAACCUGGGCGUGUGGCUGGCGUCCCUGCUGGUCACUCUCCCCAUCGCCAUCUUCGCAGACACCAGACCGGCUCGCGGCGGCCAGGCUGUGGCCUGCAACCUGCACUGGCCACACCCGGCCUGGUCGGCAGUCUUCGUGGUCUACACUUUCCUGCUGGGCUUCCUGCUGCCCGUGCUGGCCAUCGGCCUGUGCUACCUGCUCAUCGUGGGCAAGAUGCGCGCCGUGGCCCUGCGCGCUGGCUGGCAGCAGCGCAGACGCUCGGAGAAGAAAAUCACCAGGCUGGUGCUGAUGGUUGUGGCCGUCUUUGUGCUCUGCUGGAUGCCUUUCUACGUGGUGCAGCUGCUGAACCUCUUCGUGACCAGCCUUGAUGCCACCGUCAACCACGUGUCCCUCAUCCUCAGCUAUGCCAACAGCUGCGCCAACCCCAUUCUCUAUGGCUUCCUCUCCGACAACUUCCGCCGAUCCUUCCAGCGCGUUCUCUGCCUGCGCUGCUGCCUCCUGGAAGGUGCUGGCAGUGCUGAGGAGGAGCCCCUGGACUACUAUGCCACUGCUCUCAAGAGCAGAGGUGGGGCAGGGUGCAUGUGCCCCCGGCUCCCCUGCCAGCAGGAAGCCCUGCAACCAGAACCCAGCCGCAAGCGCAUCCCCCUCACCAGGAUCACCACCUUCUGAAGAGCCCUUCCCCUACCCACCCUGCGUGGCCACCUCCCAAGGGGUCGGCACCAUUCCUACAGCCCCGAAGAUUGCAUCUCCUGGAUGCUCACCUAAGCUCCACCACCUGUUCCUUCCAGCAGCCCAUGUACCUGCCGGAGAGUGUCAGAACUCUUCUGCUGCUCUCCUCUCCCCUGCACUCUGGCUUUCAGAAGGAUGCUUCCAUGUGGGUAGGACUCCUCUGGGAACUGGGCUAGGAUAUGAAUCAUUCCUGAACCUCUGGCUGUUCUUCAAGGGCUGGGAAGCAGGAGGUGGUGAGAAAUGAAUGGCCCCUGUGUGUGACUCGUUACAGCCACUGCUUGGGAGAGGACUCAAGAGGGUGGAGGGAGGUAGCACCCUUCCUCUCUGCAGACGCUCUGCCUUGUGGUGGGAGCACAGCCUGUAGAAGAGAAAGGAGGAAGGAAGAUGCCCCCAGGCACCUGCCCUUUAUGUCUCUUCCUGGGAUCUUGUUAAGUGAGAUUUAUGUUAACAGCCUGGGGCACUUGCUUCCCUCCCCACACACCCCGGGCCUGGGAUUAACAUCUGCUUGCUGUCACAGGUGUCUCCCUGGGUUGCCCUGAGCUGGGAGCAGUCUUCCUGUGAGUAGAAAAGGUUUGGAGAGACACGACAUGGGGUUUAUUGCAAGGCAUAAAACCAGUGUCUGACAAUGCCUGCCAGGAUGGGCACUGAUAAAUAUGGUUGAAUGGAACUCCAAGGACCACCC